GGCGCAUGCUCAGUGGUACUCUAGCGCCUUUGUGUGUCUCAGGACCAGUUCAGGUCUGGCGGUGCUAAACUACUUAGCUACCGCCGUUUCUCCCGUCUUCAACAACACACCGCACACAGAGGUAGCCGAGCUUAUCAACUAGUUAAAUCAUGGUGAAUGUAAAGAAACGGAAAGGUCGAGUCGUUAUCGACUCUGACUCUGAAGACAGCGCUAGUGAUGAUAAUUUAGAUCAGGAGCUCCUGUCUCUGGCCACCAAGAGGAAGAGGGUGGACUCGGAUGACCAGCAGGACAACCAGCCGGUCAGCAAGCCCGCAGCCUCAUCAGACUCAGAGACAUCAGACAGUGAUGAUGAGUGGACCGCCGGUGGUCCUAAAGUCAAGAAGAAGGUCAAGCCAGGGAAACCGACGGCAACAGAGAAGAAGAAAGAGGCAGCGAAGAAGAGGGUUCAUAAAGCUGCUUCGUCCGGGAGUUCUGGUGGAGACAGUUCUGCUGACAGUUCUGCCCCUGAGGAGGGUGAGGUGUCUGACUCAGAGAGCAACAGCUCUGCCUCCAGCUCAGACUCCUCGUCGGAGGACGAUGUGUUCAGGGACGGCUACGGAGAGGACCUGAUGGGAGACGAGGAGGACAGGGCUCGGCUGGAGCAGAUGACUGAGAAGGAGAGGGAGCAGGAGCUCUUCAACAGGAUAGAGAAGAGGGAGGUGCUCAAGAGGAGAUUUGAAAUUAAAAAGAAGCUGAAAACAGCGAAGAAGAAGGAGAAAGAGGAGAAGAAAAAGAAACACGAAGAAGAACACAGGAAGCGUGAGAGAUCAUCCAGCAGCCAUCAUGAGGACAGAAGUCAUCAGGACCAGCAAGUGGUUAUGUCUCACAACAAGGAGAGGAGAACUAAACGGGAUGAGAAACUAGAUAAAAAGUCUCAGGCCAUGGAGGAACUGAAAGCAGAGAGAGAGAAGAAGAAAACCAGGACAGCAAAGAAACAGGCGAAACGGGAGCCCCUGAAAACCAGCGAGGUUUACUCGGACGAAGAGGAGGAGGAAGAGGAGGAGGAYGACGACAAAUCAUCUGUAAAGAGCGAUCGCAGUUCACACUCUUCAUCUUAUUCCGAAGACGAGGAGUGUGGAAAUGAAUGGAUUGGAACAGGUAGUAAAGCAAAACCAGUUUACAGGGUAACGACAGGCUGCUUCGUACGGAUAGGCAUCGGGAACAGUAGUAGCAAACCAGUUUACAGGGUGGCUGAAAUAGUUGACGUGGUAGAGACGGCUAAGGUGUACCAGUUGGGAACGACCCGGACGAACAAGGGACUACAAUGAUCAUAGCCAGUAUGCAGGUUCCCACUCUAGAUGAGAUCAAUAAGAAGGAGCAAGCCAUCAAAGAGGCUUGUAACUACAAAUUCAACGACAAAGACAUAGAGGACAUCGUAAAAGAGAAAGACCGAUUCCGAAAGGCGCCUUCCAACUACGCCAUGAAGAAAACAUCACUACUCAAAGAUAAGGCCAUGGCUGAGGAGAGUGGAGAAGGAGACCGAGCCAAAGAGAUCCAGGACCAGCUGAAUGAGUUGGAGGAGAGGGCCGAGCAUCUGGACAGACAGAGGACCAAAAACAUCUCUGCCUGUCCAUCUGUUUUCUCCAGCUACAUCAACCAGAGGAAUCGGAGUUGGAACAUUGUUGAGUCUGAGAAAGCCCUAGUGGCUGAGGGACAGAAUGCCAAGCUGCAGAUGGACCCGUUUACUAGACGGCAAUGCAAACCAACCAUGGUGUCUAACGCCAGAGACCCUUCAAGUCCAUGCAGCUAUCCUCCAACACCUCAACGAGAAGUACGGAGAAGGGUCGGCAAAGAGAUGGACUUGGAGUUUGAGAUGGGAAGGGAGCGGUCUCACUCAAGGUCGGCGUCUAGGGGCACCUACACCGAUAACAACAGAUGUGUCAGACUAAUGUUGUUCCUCCGGUGUGUUUCAGAAGCCAAGUCUCUGUCAGUGAGCGCCAACACCCUGGCAGUGAAGGACGGCGCUCCACGUAGGUCUCUCAACCUGGAGGACUACAAGAAGAGGAGGGGCUUGAUCUAAAGAACUACAGGAAGAAGAGGGCUUCAACUAAUGAUCAAAUGGCCUAAAACCUCAGUCAGUCAGAACCACCUGCAUGUUGGUUGGCCAUUCGACCCAGGGCACCAGUGUGUGUGUUUGAGUGAUGUGUGUGUGUGUUUGAGGGAUGUGUGCGAGAGAGCUGUGUGUGUGUGUGUGU